GAUUCGGGGCGUUCCGACGUGGUUUAUGUAGAGACCUCCCUGAAGGGGCAGGCACGGAGGCCUCGGUGCGCUGCGGGCGGUGAGCGGCGGUGCCGGGGCGUGGAUCCCUGCUUGGCGAGGGUGACGGGCGCCAGGGUCUCGGAGCACUCCGGACGCUGCCGGCGAUCCGUGCUGGGCCGCGGGGACCGGCGGAGAUCCUGGGAAAAGCGAGGCCGGGCACGCAUUCAGCAUGGCUUCUCCAGCUCUCCUCAUGCGUGUGGUGGCCUCGGCGUAUUCUGUUGCAGAAAAAGCUGCAACAAUUGUUAGAAAUGUGAUGUCUGCAGGAGAUCUGGGCAUAGUGGAGAAGGCUGGACCCAACGACUUGCAGACCAAAGCUGACCGACUGGUACAAAUGAGCAUUUGUGCUUCCCUGGCACGCAAGUUUCCCAAGGUGACAAUCAUAGGAGAAGAAGAACUGCCCACUGAUGAUGUAACUGAGGAUUUAAUUGAAGAUGGUCACUGUGAAGAAAUACUGAAGAAACCUUGUCCUGCUCAGUACACAGGAAUUAAAGAGGAAGAGCUUGUAAUAUGGGUUGAUCCCUUGGAUGGAACCAAGGAGUACACUGAAGGUCUCCUUGACCACGUAACGGUUCUUAUUGGAAUUGCCUAUGGAGGUAAAGCGAUAGCAGGAGUUAUCAACCAGCCAUAUUACAACUAUGAGGCAGGAGCUAAUGCUGUGCUGGGCAGGACAAUCUGGGGAGUGCUGGGCAUGGGUGCCUUUGGCUUUCAGCUGACAGAAGCACCUGCUGGCAAACACAUCGUUGUUACCACCCGCUCCCACAGCAGUGCCCUGGUGAACGAGUGCAUCGCUGCCUUGAACCCAGAUCAUGUCAUCAGAGUCGGAGGAGCAGGAAACAAGGUCAUUCAACUCAUAGAAGGCAAAGCAUCUGCUUAUGUAUUUGCCAGUCCUGGGUGCAAGAAGUGGGAUACAUGUGCACCUGAAGCUAUCCUACAUGCUGUGGGAGGCAAGAUAACUGAUAUCCGUGGCAAUUCGUUUCAGUAUAACAAGGAGGUGAAACACAUGAAUUCAGCUGGGGUCCUUGCCACUUUGAGAAAUUAUGACUACUAUGCCAGUCGUAUUCCAAACACUGUGAAAGAAUCUCUUGUGCCUUAAAGCAGGGAAGAGUCUUCACUUGGCCUGGAAGGCUGAGAAAAUGAGCUUGGAAAAAAGAAAGGAAGAAGAUGACUGAGCUUGAAAUUCUGUUUCAUAGAAUCUGAACUGAAUUCUUUCAGAUGGCGAAAGGUGUUCAACAAUUUCAGAAUUAUAAAAAAUCUCUAAUCAUCUGCUGGAUCAGAUUGUUUGGCUGUGUUGAGCAGACAUCAAAGCAGUCACAUUUAUUCAGUAAUUGUUUUCUGUGUUCUUUGGGAGUUUUCCUUCCUCAUGACCGUGUGUAAUAUCGUGCUAAUCAUAACACUGCAGACCAAAAAUCAUCUUCUUAUUCUGGUCACAAAAUCGUGUUAAGUCAUGUACCUGAUUUUGCUCAAUGGUUUUUGUUGUCAUUAAGGGUUAUUGUGCUAAUUACAAAUGGACUAAGGAUUUGCCUGGAUGGAUGAGCCCAUUUA